GCCACUUUACUGAUCUUUCUUCCAGUGCUUCUGCCAUUAAUCUCCUCGCUCAAAGGUUACAGCGGCUGGGAGAAGUUCUUCUUGAGGGAGGUGGAAGAUAAAGGGACGAUUGCCAACCAGUACAAGUCGGAGAAGAGGCAGAUUUGGUGGACGGAGGUUACAGGAUCCAUGGGAGCUGUGGAGAUCAGUGGAGUGAAUUUCAAGGUUAUGUUGUGCCGCCUUACCUCGAAAGAGUACAUGUCAUGAAGGCAGAGGAAGGAGUUCCGGCGGCUAAAAUCAAAGAAACUGAGGGCAAGAUGAGGAUUCGAUUUGAACAGGAGGGAAAUCUGGGAGAAGUGAGGAGAAGAGAGUCGGUCCUGGCUAGAAGAGAGGAGGGAUGGGGGAUGGCUCCAUCGAGAUUUGAAGCGGUGGUGCCUUAGGAAGGAGACGACAUCGGAGAGACGGAGACUAUAGGGUUUUGCUUCGGCUUCUUCACGCGGAUGGAAGGGGG